ACCGAUCAGCAAUUACGUAAUACGUCUCAUUGUCAACAUAUCGAUGAUGAACUUUGAUUUGUUGAAAAAGAUUUACAUGCUAUAAGUGUCAAUCAUCAUAAUAAUAAUAAUAAUAACCUCGUUUUGAGAAAAUGAACUAAUCUAUUUAUUUGUCAAACAAGUUGCCGGGUCACUUACUCACUGAUUUUUACACCUCGCAUUGCUUUCGACCAACAAAUUACUUCAAGCUCAAGAGUGUAUGUUUUAAUCAAUUUCUUUUGAAAGAAAGUAACAAUUACUGUUUAAACUCCUUCUUCUUUUUAAUCCCAAGCUUCGCAAAAAUGACACUAUUGACAAAUGUAACUAAUCGAUAUCACAAUGAAACGAACAAACAAAAUUUCUUCUACAAUAUCAAUGAUCAAUAUCGAUGCACAGAAAAAGAUCAUCAUCAAUGUUAUCUUGAUAAAAAAUGUCCGAAUUAUUUUGGACAACCACAACCACAGCAGCACCAACACCAACAACAAAAACAAAAUGAAUUUCUCUCAUUAACUGAUUAUCAAAAUGAUGUGAUUCGAUUAGCUAGUUAUUAUGAACAAAUAUUGAAAACUUAUGGUAAAGUGGAACUUGAAGCAUUGGCCUAUAGAAUAUCUGCUGCCUGUCAUUCAUAUGAAGGCCAAAACAAGUUACAUUCAACCACAUUCAAUCUUCCAACAAAUUCUUAUUCAAAAAAUAAUGCUUCUUAUGAUUGUCAAUACACUGCUGAACCAUUGAUCUCGUCAUCGCAUCCACCGAUAACUUAUCACCUGAAAAUGCAUUUAACAGGUUUCAAAUCGAUCGACUUCUACCAAUCACCAAAUCAAUCGAUUAAUUGUCUUUUAAAUCCAACUAAUCAUCAUCAUCAUCAUUUUAAUCCAACCUCAUUGAUGAAUAGAUUAUCGUGUAAAGUAUUUGUCGGUGGUGUACCAGUACGUGGUAAUCAAGUGACUACAUGGACAAGAGAUCAAUUGCAAAAAGGUUUAUCUGUAUUUGGUCCAGUUAGUUUAAUAUGGCCAAAAGGUACCAUUGUGAUACCAUUUGUUACGGAUGAAAGUAAUUAUAGUCAAGCUAUCUGUGAAGCAUCACUAAGAACUGGUUUGAAACGAGGUUAUUGUUAUGCAUUAUUCAAUGAUGUAAGAAGUGUCACACUGUUACUAUCAAUGUGUUAUCGUCGUACCAAAGGUUUCUAUAUUAAUCUGUCAACAUUAUGUCCUGAUUUAGAAAAAUCUCGAUUAGAUUCUUUACAAAUUAUUCCAUGGGAUAAACAAGAUACAUUUUAUCAACCUAUUUUCAAUGAAUAUGACAACAUUACCAAUAGAAAUGGUGAAAAUAUCAAUCUUCAAUCUGACGAAAGAAGACUAGGAACUGAAACUCGAACUAAAGUUUAUUCCGUAUUUGUUGGUGCAUUGCAUGGAAUGAUGACAGCACAAGCUUUAUUCACUAUUUUCAGUGAUCUAUUUGGUAAUGUUAGUUAUGCUGCAUUGGAUACAGAUAAGUAUCAUUAUCCGAUAGGAUCAGGACGUGUAGCUUUCAAAUCACCAGAAGGCUAUUUGGCUGCUGUAAAAACCAAUUUUAUACGUGUUGAAUGUCAGGUGUUUAGUAAGGUGAUACAAAUUGAUCCCUACCUUGAAGAUGCAAUGUGUUCAAAAUGUUUCUCAGCACCUGGUGUCUAUUUCUGUCGUCAUUUGAAAUGUUUCGAUUAUUUCUGUCCAAAAUGUUGGAUUAAUUAUCAUGGUUCGUCAAAUAUGACAACAACCACAACAACAUCAACAUCUACACCUCAUAAACCAUUAAGACGUACACUAAGUCCUAAUUCAUUGAAAAAAUUCCCUAUACAUUUUUAAACUAUUUUAUUUAGAAAAAGUACAACAUGAGUUUAUUUUACUAUCCUACUGUUUUUAGAAAAAAUGUAUCCAUUCUCUAAGCAUAAAGAAGAAUGGGGGUUUGCAGUUCAAAAAAAUCGUUUGGCAUAUCAUCAUUGACGUUUAAAGAGACACCAGUCUAUUUUUUAAAUUAUCGAUUUAUUUAUCUGAUAUGUAUUUUCUGUUGUAUUUUUGUAUUGGCAAAUUUUAGUUUGUACAGUUUAUGUGAUAUUUUUUCUCCUUCGGUGUUUAUUUGAUUAAAAAAACAGCGGCUUUUUUUAAUUCCUUUUUCAAUAAUUUUUUAGCCACUUUAAA